UCUUAUAUAAUCGUGCAAAGAGUUGCAGAAAAACAUCACUUAAAAAACCUUAAUUAAACCCUCACAAUCAACCAAAAAUUUCCCUCCAACUAUGGUUAAUCACCAGAUCUGAUUUCCGAUUUCUUCCUCUUCUUUGUUCUCCGCCCUCAAACCUAGCUAGAUUUCCGGCAAUGGCGAAUCUUAAUUUCAUAGUAACUUUAUUAAUACUACUUCACUGCACUUCAGCUUUUGCCGAUUCUAUUCAUGGAUGUGGCGGAUUUAUAGAGGCGAGUUCGAGUUUGAUCAAGUCGAGGAAGGCGAGCGAUUCGAAAUUGGAUUAUUCUCAUAUUACGAUUGAGCUUCAAACUUUGGAUGGGUUGGUGAAGGAUAGGACUCAGUGUGCUCCUAAUGGCUACUAUUUUAUUCCAGUCUAUGACAAGGGAUCUUUCAUAAUCAAGGUUCAGGGGCCAGAAGGAUGGUCAUGGGAGCCUGAAAAGGUUCCCAUUGUUGUUGACCAUACGGGAUGUAAUGCAAAUGAAGAUAUCAACUUUCGGUUCACAGGGUUUUCCCUAUCCGGAAGAGUUCUAGGGGCUGUUGGUGGACAGAGUUGUCAGCUAAAAAAUGGCGGUCCAUCAAAUGUGGCUGUAGAACUUCUAUCUUCAACGGACGAUUCUCUCUUUUCUGUAUUAACAUCAACAGCUGGAGAUUACUCUUUCAAGAAUGUAGCUCCUGGGAAGUACAAAUUACGAGCUUCUCAUCCUGAUAUGAACGUGGAAGUUAGAGGUCCUACCGAGGUAGAGUUGGGGUUUGAGAACGGUGUCAUUGGUGAUAUUUUCUCUGUUCCUGGAUAUGAAGUUCGUGGACUUGUUGUAGCUCAGGGCAAUCCCAUCUUGGGAGUUCACGUUUAUUUAUAUUCAGAUGAUGUCCUGGAAGUUGAAUGUCCCCAGGGUUCUGGUCAUGGCCCUGGGCAAAGAAAGGCUCUCUGUCAUGCUGUAUCUGAUGCAGAUGGAAAGUUUGUAUUUAAGACUAUACCAUGUGGGGUUUAUGAGCUUGUUCCUUAUCACAAGGGAGAAAACACAGUUUUUGACAUAUCACCACCCACGAUGGCUAUAACUGUUGAGCAUUCCCAUGUUACUGUAACACAGAAGUUUCAGGUGACUGGAUUUUCCAUUGGCGGCAGAGUAGUGGACGGAAAUGGUGCCGGAGUGGAUGGUGCUAAAGUUCUAGUAGAUGGCCAAGAAAGAUCUGUCACUGAUGAAAGUGGAUAUUACAAGCUUGAUCAGGUUACUUCUAAUCGUUAUUCUGUGGAAGCUCGCAAGAAACAUUACAAGUUUGAAAUUUUGAGGGAUUUCUUGGUUUUACCAAAUAUGGCUUCUAUUCCUGACAUCAAAGCAGUGUCUUAUGAUGUUUGUGGUUUCGUGCGGAUGGCUGAUGCUGGCUACAAGGCAAAGGUAGCUUUAACGCAUGGACCCGAGAAUGUUAAACCUCAAGUGAGACAGGCGGAUGAAAAUGGAAAUUUCUGUUUUCUGGUUUCACCAGGUGACUAUCGUCUGUCUGCCUUGCCAUCCACACCUGAAAAUGCUCCAGAACUUGUGUUUUUGCCUCCGUAUACUGAUGUCAGUGUUAGGAGUCCACUUCUGAAUAUUGAAUUUUCUCAGGCACAAGUAAAUAUUCAUGGAGAGGUUGUGUGCAAGGAAAAAUGUAGCUCAUCUGUUUCCAUCACACUUGUGAGAUUGGGUAUGAGAAGUAACAGGGAGAGGACUGUCAGAUUGGAUGCGAAUAACAAGUUUACAUUUUCAAACGUCUUCCCUGGAAAGUACAGAAUCGAGGCCAAGUAUGCUGCUGCUGAUACUACCUUAGAGAAAGAUAGAUGGUGCUGGGAGAAGAGUUCUGUAAAUGUUGAUGUUGGAACAGAGGAUAUUGAAGGGAUAGUGUUUUCUCAAAAAGGUUACUGGGUUGAUAUCACUUCUUCACAUGAUGUAGAUGCUCGCAUGAUUCAACCAGAUGGAGAACCUCUACUUCUGAAAAUUAAGAAAGGUUCGCAACGCUUGUGUGUGGAGUCUCCAGGGAUAAAUAAAUUGGAGUUUGUCAACUCUUGCAUUUUCUUUGGAAGCUCUUCCAUCAACAUUGAUACAGCAAAUCUGAUGCCUGUUUACUUGAAAGGAGAGAAGUAUCUCCUGAAAGGGCAAAUAAUUGUUGACUCCUCAGUCACACAGUUAAAUCUCCCAGAGAGCAUUGUUGUUGAUGUCCUUGACAAUGGAAAUAAUUUUGUUGAUGGGACGAUUGCCAGACUUCUACCAGAUCAAAAUGAUGAGGCCAAUGCUGCUGUGUAUGAAUAUUCUGUCUGGGUUACUCGUGGGCAGAAAGUAACUUUUGUUCCAACUGACUCAAGAACCUUGACUUCAAGCACAGCUUCAGACGUAAAUGGAUCAAAGAAGAUUUUGUUCUACCCUAGACAACAUCAGAUUUCAGUUACACAUGAUGGUUGCCAAAGCCCAGUUCCUUCAUUUACUGGUCGCUUGGGUCUCUAUAUUGAAGGAUCUGUUUCUCCUUCAAUAUCUGGUGUUAAUAUCAGGGUUAUGGCUGCUGGAGACAGCCAUAAUGCUCCACUCAAGAAAGGUGAAUUAGCUGUCGAAACUUCAACUGGACCUGAUGGUAUCUUCGUAGGUGGCCCUUUAUAUGAUGACAUAAGUUACAUUAUUGAAGGUUCAAAGCCUGGUUAUCAUUUGAAAUCUACUGGGCCACAUUCCUUUUCCUGCCAGAAGCUUGGUCAAAUCUCUGUGCGCAUACUUUCUAAAGAAGGCACUGAAGACCCUUUUCCUGCAGCUUUAUUGUCACUAAGCGGAGAUGAUGGUUACAGGAACAACUCCAUAACUGGAGUUGGUGGACAUUUCACUUUUGAGAACUUAUUUCCUGGCAGUUUCUAUCUUCGCCCUCUGCUGAAGGAAUAUGCUUUCUCUCCUCGUGCACAGCCAAUUGAACUUGGAUCUGGAGAAUCUAAAGAAGUUGUGUUUGAAGCCACUCGUGUUGCUUUCAGUGCUAUGGGUGUGAUCACUUUGUUGUCUGGCCUCCCCAAGGAGGGUAUUACAAUUGAGGCAAGAGCAGAGUCAAAAGGCUAUUAUGAGGAAUCAACUACUGAUUCAUCUGGAUUCUAUAGAUUACGAGGACUUCUCCCAGAAACAACCUAUAUGAUCAAGGUAGCUAAAAAGAAUGACUUGGCUGGGGUUGGAAUUGAGCGUGCAUCUCCAGAAUCUAUAGCUGUGAAGGUUGGUUCUGAGGACAUCAAGGGGUUGAACUUCGUAGUUUUCGAAGAGCCGGAGAGAAGCAUUCUGAGUUGCCAUGUUGAGGGUGAAAGAAUUGCGGAAUUGGAUUCACAACUUUGGGUGGAGAUUAAGUCAGCAAGUGAGCCAUCUAAAGUUGAGUCUUCCUUCCCUCUGCCAUUAUCACGCUUCUUCCAGGUGAAAGACUUGCCGAAGGGUAAACACCUGCUGCAGCUUCGAUCUGGUCUCUCAUCGAGUGCCUACAAAUUUAUAUCCGACGUUAUUGAGGUCGACUUACAAAAGCAUAGACAAAUUCAUGUUGGUCCUCUCCGAUACAAAAUAGAAGAGGAUAUCCAAACCCAGGAAUUGACAGCAGCUCCAGUUUUCCCUCUUGUAGUUGGAGUUUCAGUUGUGCUUCUUUUCAUGUGUAUGCCAAGAUUAAAGGAUUUAGUUUCCGGAAUAGCCAUGUCAGGACCUAGUUUCGCAGCAAAGAAAGAAGCAAGGAAGCCUGUCGUACGAAAGAAGACAUUCUGAACACUCCUUGUUCUCAUUGUCCGUGAAAGGUGACCAUACAGAGCUUACAAGAAUUAGAUCCUGGUCUGAUACAAAUCUGGCUUGGGUGAGAUCGGGAACUCAGAGAAAAAUUCAGGCACACAUCUAUGGCUUCUGUUAUCUGAUAGCCAAAGAUGUCAAGGAAAUCUAUAGCCUGAGAUCUGUGAAAGCCAUGAUUUUCCCCGUCAAUAGAACUAAUUUUGUUAAAACAGGUAGAUAUUCUUUGUAACAUAACUCAGUUCGUCUCAUCGAUUUUGGCAAGAAGAGACUAUAGAGGCUAAAGAUGACAUCAUGCCUAGGCUAUAGCCAUAAUGUAUGAGACUUUGGAAUCAACACAUUGGCGGUUGUUUCAUGCUUCAUGGUGCCGUGUACCUGUACUCAGCAGGCCCGUGAAGGAUACAAUGUAGUAGGGUCCUUCGUCUUACCAUCAAUCGCAUCCGCUAAUAGCUACUUGUGUUUUCCUUUAUUCUUCAUCUUGCUUGAGAUUAACCAGGAUGGGAUGGCUGGAUUGAGGUUGCAUAUUUGUGCACAUUUGGGGUAAUUCUACUAUUAUUUGUUGGCAGGUUUUGUGCUGGAAGAAUUCACUGCCACAGUUUUGGAUUUCAGAAAUUUUAAUGUGAUUAUACUGUUUCUUUU